GCUUUAUACUAAUUGUGAAGGAGACAAGGAGAAAGCAUCAUAGAAAAGAAGCAGAUUUGGAAUUUGUCACAGAGUCGUCUUCUUUUUUAGUAAAGACCCAGUCAGCAUUAUGAAUCGAGAUCAUUUUCUGUAAAAAAAUUGGGAAUUCCAUGCUUGAGGUGCCACCAAGUCAGCAAAUGCAAGAUUUGUUUCUUUAAUUCAAACUCUGGCUGUACCUGGUAAUGAGCUUCUCAUUCUGUUCUAAUCUCAUAUAAUUGGCCUAAAAGUAAUCUUCCAACAAUGGCGACACCGGCCGUAUCAUUUCCAUUGAUGUUGCUUGUGAGACUUGGAGGAAUAACUGUGGCGUUGCUGGUGCUUAUUUGGGUGAUGCACUUCCGCGGAGGCAUGGCCUUGAUCUCUGAGGACAAGAAUCUCAUUUUUAAUGUUCAUCCAACAUUGAUGCUCAUUGGAUUCAUACUGCUCAGUGGUGAAGGCAUGUUAGCAUACAAGACAGUUCCAGGAACCAAAAGUUAUAAAAAAGCUGCGCAUCUUGUUCUGCAAGCCGUUGCAUUUAUCAUGGCCAUUAUAGGAAUUUGGGCAGCUUACAAGUUUCAUAUUGAUAAAGGAAUUGACAAUUUUUACAGUUUACAUUCAUGGCUUGGUGUGGCUUGUGUCAUAUUAUUUGCUAUCCAGUGGGCUGUUGGCUUUGCAACAUUUUGGUACCCAGGUGGUAGUAGAAAUGCCAGAGCUACCUUGUUGCCAUGGCAUGCAUUUCUUGGGCUUUACAUUUAUGGAUUAGCUGUGGCAACUGCUGAAACAGGGCUCUUAGAGAAGCUUACUUUUCUGCAAGGAAGUAAUAUAAUUGCUAGAUACUCAUCAGAGGCUAUAUUGGUAAAUUGCUUAGGACUAGUAUUGGCUCUGCUCAGUGGUUGCGUAAUUCUAUCCACAAUUUCACCCACAAAUGGUAAGCGUGAUGUCUUGAAGCAAGGUGAUGUGUUGAGGACAACAGAUCGAUUGACUGGCCACACAAGUUAGGCAAAAAUUCCAGUUUUAUUGCAACCAUGCAUGUUUAGGAAACAAUAAAAGAUAAAUGUUUCUUUGUAUAUGGUGCCAUUAAUAUUCUUAAUAAUUUUUCCAUAUUUGAUUUGUUUUUCCUAUAUUAGUCAGAGUUAAAAAAUGGAUUAGUUCAAUAA